AUGUUCAAAAAGCUUGAAAUCAACAUUCCGUUCUUGGAGGCACUUGAGCAAAUGCCCUCUUAUGCUAAAUUCAUGAAAGAUAUCAUUUCAAAAAGGAGGAGCACUGACACUGACUCUAUUGUACUAACCGAAACUUGCAGUGCUAUUUUGCAGGGUAUGAAGAUUCCGGUGAAGAAAAAAGAUCGAGGCUCGAUAACUAUCCCUUGCACUAUCGGGGAUAGAUCUUUCAAGAAGGACCUUAUAGACUUAGGGACAAGUAUGAGCCUCAUGCCUUUAUCCAUCUACAAGAGGUUGGGGAUUGGAAAAGUACAAGAUACCCUAAUUACACUUCAAUUUACUGACCACUCUGUGAAAAGACCUUAUGGAGUGGUGGAAGAUGUUCUUGUGAAGAUUGAUAAGUUUGUGUUUCUGGUAGACUUUGUGAUCUUAGAAAUGCCGAAAGAUAAAGAGAUACUGCUCAUUCUUGGUAGACCAUUUUUGGAGACCGGGAGUCAACACAUAGAGGUUAUUGAUCAAAUGGUUCUGAAAGAAAAUCCCCUAGGUGAACAUAAAUUACCCUUGGAGAGAGUUCUAAGUCUCUCAAUAUUUGAAGACACUCGAGAAGUUGAUGACAAGGAGAUGGAAGUGUUAACUUUGAUGGCAACACAACAACCCUUUAAGGGAUCCCGAUCACUCCGGUGGGAAAACUUAAGGGAACCUCAAGUUGAAGAAAAGAAAGAUGAGACCAAGAAAGUGGUUGAGCUGAAACAGUUACCUGACAAUCUCAAGUAUGUUUUUCUAGACCCCGAAAGGAAAUGGCCGGCUAUUAUAAGCUCUCAUCUAGAGGUUUCUCAAGAAGACAAGCUUGUCAAGGUUUUGAAGAAACACAAAAGUGCCAUGGGAUGGGUGUAA